AUGAAACCAGCUCACUCAGCGCGCAAAGCAACCAAGGCUCGCGAAGCCGUCAAGCACACCAAGACAUUCUCCGGCUGCUGGACCUGUCGCGAUAGACAUGUGAAGUGCGACGAGAAGAGGCCCUAUUGUGCGCGAUGCAUCAAAGGCGGGUUCCAAUGUCAGGGGUACGGCAUAAAGCUCGUUUGGGUCGACCCGGACAGUCAAGAACGCGAGCAGAACAUCCGGCGGGUCAUCGGCGCACCCACCGUUUAUGAUGACGGGUCGAAUUUCAUGAGGGUCGACGUCCACGGGGCAUUGGAGGAAAUAGAAAGUCUUUCGCCAGGAGGAGCAGCAUGUUUGUCGUCCGGACCAUUCUCAGUCUUUCCGGUGCAAAGGCCCGGGACGGGACUCGUCGAACCAUCUCAACCACUGGCACUUCCAAACCGCGAAAGAAGAGAUUCGGCGUCGUCGCCAACAGAUAGGACGCAAGAGGAUCUAAAUGACAACGCAGACGAUCUGAUGCUGGAAACGGUCAUCUCUCCUUCCACAGUCUAUCCCCGAACUCCGUCGUACGCCCCGGACACGCCCACACAGUGGCCCUCGAGUCCUGCUCUGCCGCUGACAAUCCGCCACCUCGACCUUCUACCGCGGCCCGCUGAGCAGCGAGACCUCAUUCACCACUGGACAAACUUUGUGUGCUGGCACCUCGUCCCCGUGGACCGGCCGGACAACCCGUUCCGCAGCGUCUUCACGCCCAUGGCCCUGGCGGGCCUCGCGUCGCCAUCAAACCAGUCCAACGGGCAGAUUGCGCUUUUCCACGCGCUGUGCGCCACCUCGGCGUUCAGUCGCGGGCAACUCCUCAAUGGAGACAGCAAGAACCUCACGCUGGCGAUGAAGCACUAUAACCUGGCCAUCAUGCACCUACGCCACAGCCUGGUGAAUCUCAAGGACACGGACCACGACCUCGGUCAAGUCCACCUCCAGCGGGGCUCCAUCCUCGCCACCAUCACCAUGUUCUCGGCGAUGGACAUGAUCACCGGGCGUGCCAGCGAAUGGCGCACCCACCUGCAGGGCGGGGCCUCGUGGCUGUCCACCAUAGAAGAGAGCGAGUGGGAGCGCGACAAAUCCUCCUCGAUGGUCUACCAAAGUUAUCUCGCUAUUGCGGCGCUGUGCAAUAUCCACCUCCCCUCGACCAUCGACGUCGAAUCUGACAAUUUCUUGGGCGACGAGAGAAACUACGUGCUCGAUCGAUUUUUUGGCCUUACCCGUCCGAUCCUCAAACAUAUCGUCGUGAUGAACAGCCUGAUCAAGCGUAUCUCUACCACAGCUUCCGACCCGCCGACUGCCGAAAUGCUGGAUGAUCUAGAAACCCAACUCUACGCCCAAACUCCAUCGAACCUCGACCUGUCGGGCUUGCCACCCAUGGCUCAAUCCCUAACCCUGCACCACGCCUACGUCUUCUACUAUGCCUCACUGAUCUAUUUCCUCCGCACCGUUCGGGGCUUCUCCCCCCGAACCACCUGCGUCCAGAAUAUGGUCUCGAAAGCCGUCACACACCUUGAAGAUAUCGAAAGUCUGGGAGGCGACAGAGAGGAUGCUCAACUGGUACAGGCUGAAGAGGAGGCAUGGGUUCAUGAACCUGGAGAUCUCGAAGGACAUCGCAAGCGAACUGUGGCGGAGACGGGACUUGGUGCGUGA